AUGGAUCCUAACACUGUGAAAAAGAUUGCCAAAAAUUAUUCCUACCAAUACGUGUGCCAAGGAGAUCCAAUAUGGCCAAACGAUUUGACUAUACCCUCAGGCUUCUUAGAAGAUGCUAUAAAAAACCGUGUAGACCAAGAAUGUGAGUCAAUAAAAGCUCUCAUUGAUCAAAGGGUGACCCUGAUUACUCUACCCUCUGCCCCCGAAAAGGUGUACAAAUGUCUCGAGCACAUCUUGAAUCAAUAUGAAGGAGAACACGAGCUUCACCAUGUCUUUGAUGUUCGGCGGCUUCCUAUACCAAGAUUAUUCAGUAUCUUACCAACACCUUCAGUGCACUGGAGAUCUUUGGCUAUCAGUGCAAACGCGUUGUCUGUCUUUGUCAAGAAUCCAUUGCCUAGAGGCUAUGCCAAUCAACUUCGAUUGUUUUACCAAGUAUUCAAUUUCAAAUUACUAGGCUAUAGCAGUAUUGAAGAACUGAUGCCUAAUGGAGAGAAUGACGUGCUGUUUGGCAAUAUCGUCAGGUCUGAUGGCUUCUGUGUUGAUUUUCUCUUUUAUAAAAGAACUUCUGGUACAACGGACGAAAUAUCAACAGUAAAUCACGAUUUGGGUAUAAAGGAUUUUACCAUAGAAGAGGUCACCCAAUUGUAUAGACCAAGUUUCCUUGACCCUGGCAGAAAGACAGUGUUUACUGCAGCUAUUGGACUAGAUCCUGAUGUACAUCAAGUGAGACGGUGCACAACAAAAGAGUACUACCAUUUGACAGGCUCCACAGUGUAUGCAAAGAAGUUGCAACAAGAAAAGGACACCGCCGGAAUCACCGCAAUUGAGUCUGCUAUACCUUCAGCGAAAACUGCCAGAAAUACCCAAUUUUUACGAUAUGUAGAUUACAUACUUGCAAACAUGGACACGUUGUUCACCUUUUAUGGCUUCAGUACUGCUAAACAUCGGUUUAACUUAUACCAAGGAAAACAAAGAGCUCCUGACAUGAUGGUCAACAUGUUGUUAAACGGCGGUGCUAAAUACAAUAAGAAGAAGCGUUUUGAAAAGAAGAACAAAAAACAAAAACGACAUAACAAGAAAACGAAGCGGUUGCACAAGAACAAAAAAAUAAGAAAGGAAAGAAUAAGCAACAGCAGUACAGAAAGCGAAAUAAGUGGAGACCUUUAA